AUUUUCAGUUUUGGUUGUUUUUUUAACAGAAAAAAGGAAAUUUGCCUUUUCUGACAUGUAGGAAAUCAUUUCAUACAGAGCUGCAAUAAUAGGUGAGGUAUGGGAAGUUGAGAUCCAUGAAUUGUUACUACUGUACAGACAGGACAGUAUCUCUGAUCUCAUGUCAUACUACAUAGCCGCCCAGUAACAACCCAACGCCACUUGACUACUCAAGCUUAGAAGUAUCUCUGCUUUUGCUAGAUGUGGGUACAAGAAUUCUCUGAAGGGGCUGAGGCAUGUAUUCAAAAAAGCUCCUUUCAAACAAAAUCCUCACCAUGUUUUUGCAUUGGUACUCAUAAUCUCAAAAGAGCAGACAGACAAAUCUUGGCAACUGCCUGUGCUCAAAAAAUGUGGCCACAGAGUGAAAAACAGAUUUUCUCUAUCAAAUUCCAGCAAGUCUCUGACCUCUCCUGCUGCUAACAAGGGAGGACAAUAAAUUAGCACUCGGUUCAAUUUCAGAACACUGGCAAAGAACGAAAAGGCAAAAAUAAGAUCAUAAUCCAAACACUGUUUGUUAUAAAUUGGUGCUAUAAAUCGCACCAGUUCUCAGCUGGAGAAGUAUCCUGAGCCUUCCAGACCACACAGAGUUGAAAAACACAUGACUGCUUAUACAAUCUAGUUAAUCACCAAAUACUUAUCAACAUUUAUUUGAAUGCUUCAUUCUGCAUUUCCAUAGAGAUAUUGUGCACGUCCACAUAAAAGUUGUCAUCACUGUUCUGCUAUGUUUUCAGCAGGAAAACACACUAUUUUGGGGCGUGUAUUCAAUUUUAUUGGUGCUGGCUUUCAAAAUGACUGAAAUGCAGUCUGAGGUUCACUAUAGUUAUUCUCUCUCUCACACACUCAUUUUAAGUAUAUAUAUGGUUUUGAACUUUCCUCUGUGAUGUACUCAUUGUGGUAAUUUAUAUCCUAUUAGCUGAAAACUUACCAUUUCCAAUUACAAAUGCUUCAUACAUUUGCUAAGGCAGGAACAGAGACACAAAAAUAAUAUGAAAUGACUGCCACAGCUACUCAGGUAUAAACAGAGGUGGCCAAGUUUGACCUAGGAAGUGGCAAGACAAAAUGGCUUUCUGAAGUUAGCACUGAAUUGAAAUUGAAUUACAGAGUUUCUUCUCCUUGAGAAAGGAACUGUCUGGUACUUGGUUCUCCAGAGAGUACAAAAUAGAAAAGAAAACCUACUGUUACAUAGUUAAUCAGACUUUCCAGCCUAUUCUGUUGUCUGAGCCCAAUUUAAAGUUUGAAAGCUGUGCCUUUACUGGAUGACGAUAUCCAUAUAUUGUAUGCUUUUUUGGGAGUUAUUAAGGCAUUCUGUUAGUAUUAGCUUCUAGAAAAGACAGAUUCUGUGUGUGAUAUUUUCAGAUAUCUGUAUGCACAGACCCAACAGCUUGCUGGUGAGAUUAAAUGUAUCUGCAGAUGAAAUCUUAGUUGCAGCAGGACAAAGUGUGCUGUAAAAAUGUAGCAGAGUCUGAUCAACUCAGAGUAGAACCUACUGGAGAUAGCCUUUUUCUCAAAAGUCCUAGUUGUGAGCUUCACUUGUGAAAACGUGCAGAAAAUGCUGCAUUAUUGUAAAUGCCAUUAAUAUCUGCAUAAACAUGGUAGUAAUUGGAGUCACUGGAGGCAAAUCUGCGUUUUUGCCUAAAUGGCUGUUAAAACGCUCUCUAGAAGCUAGAAGCAAAGUACUUUCAGGGCACAGAGCCAUUCAUUUGAAAGGCAAAUCUCAACAUUAAUUAGUGCACAACGGAAGUAGCAUGAAUAAACAUUAUUUGGCCAUUAGACCUUCACAUUUUACCUAGUCAGAAGAACUUAGAGCUGAAACCAAGAAAAAAAUGCUGUUAGGAGAAAGGAAUGGCUAGACAGGACCAAAGUCUGGUAGGAGUAAUGUAGAGCUGAAGAGGACAUCCACUUGUUCAUCGAUGAGGGAGCCUUAAGUGGAGUCUCAUACUCUGCUGAGCAACUCUUCUGAGCAACCAAUACAGCAAGGCAAGUAAAGGAGCAUCAGUUGCUCUGUUUUCCUGGGAACAGAAAUACUUCAGAAUUUACAGGUUUUUUUUCCUGUUAUUAUCCCACCUCUGUUGCUGUAUUCAUAUUGUCCAGUGCUUUCUGCAGGAUAUUCCCACUUUACAUGGUAGAGAAGAUACCAAGAAUUUAUGCUUCUUGGUAUGCUUCAUCAGUGUUUUCCUAUUUAUCAGCCAAGUAAAAAUAAGUGAAUGAAGGCGGGUUCGGUUUAUAUUUCCUCUGAUAUUUUGCCUAUAUAUAUAUAUAUAUAUAUAUACACAUAUAUAUAUUUCACAGAGAAAACACAUAAAAGUAAAAUAAAAACAACCCAUUGCCUCUAGCUCAUCUCUUUUAGCUGUUGCCAAGGUACCGCAGCGCUUUGCAUAGCAUUCCCAGUGUCCCAAAAGACAAGAAGCAGGAAUUUUCUUUAAAAACAACACUAAUCCAAAGUCCAACACACUGAGUACUUCAUCAAAAUUACUCAUUUAAAAUACAGAAAAUUAACUAUUUUUCUGAUUUUAAGUAUAUUUCAUUGUUAAGCAUAAUUUUAUGUUUCAAUCAUUUUUUCCACAACAAAUCAUCAUCUUCUCUUGUUCAGCUGUUAAAACCUGGUUUGUUUCAAUAGACUAAUUCCCAGGAGACUCUUUUCAUUCUCUUCUUUUGCUGUAAUUCUGCAUUUCAUUUUAUUACCAUAAUUCUCUAUUUUAUAGUCCCUAUAAUGCUCUGCUAAGCUUCAAAAUUUGCUAGUUUGUAGUAACAUCAAAUGCCAAAGAGUCCCCAGCAGCGUCUGGGGUUAUUUCAAGAACUCCAAGGUAUCUUGCAUGGCUCCAGAAGCACAUGCUUCUCAGAGGUACUAUCUCAUUGCAAACUACCCAUACUCAAGCAUCUGAAUGGCCUCCCACACACUUGGCUGCAGCUGUUCUUCAAAAUAACUGUUUUUUUUCUCCUAUGCAUCUCCCCUGCUAUAAUGACUUAAUGUCUUUUCUACAGUCUUCCAAAUCUCCUCCUCUCCACACUUCUCCCUAUGAUCACCUAAAGAGACAAGUGUAGCAACAUAAAUAUCUGAAGGUAUAUAGAUAACACACAUUUGAAAUGUGACUCCAACAGUCCGCUGUAUCACACAACAGCCUACAUGGUAGUAAUGCUGAUGGGAGGACAUUUGUACUAUAUGAUCCUGUAGGUCCCUUCCAACCUUGUGAUUUUAUUAUUCUAUGACAAGCAGAUGUGUCUGGGCACAUGUCAGCCCACAGCAUCACCUCCCAACCUAGGAAUCCAGGCUCCCUUCUACCCUCUCUGAAAAAUCAGUCAGUUAAAGUCAGCUUUCAAGAUAUCAGUUUGGAAAAAAAAGUAUUAUAUAAAGAGCCUUAUCUCACUUGAUUGAGGUUCUGUUCUUACCACAUCUUUCUUCAGUUGAUUACAACAGCAAGUACUGAAAGUGUGUGUGUCCCCAUCCCACCCAUGGGACAGAAUAGUAGUCUAUUUUGGCCUUAGACUCCUUCUUAUUGAGAUAAUUGCUCUAAUAGAAUACGUAUUUUUCCUUUUUUAUCAAACAUAAUUGACCCUUAGCAGUAGUGUAAUGGCUGCUGUUCCAUGGUGUGUUUCAGCUUUACACACCAGAGAAUCUCUAAAAUCUUCCAUUUUAAGAAGUAAAAACGUUAUUUUUUGUUUAUUGCCUUAAUUUUGUGAUGAACUGGAGAUUGGUUCUCAUUAAAAAGCUUUUCCUUCUACAAGGUUAUUUUUGUCCCAAGUUCCUCUAUCUGGUUCAGCAUAAAAGCUCAUAAAACUGAAGAGUAAUUGUGGGGGUAGCCAUAGGGUGGAAAGGAACAGCAGAGGAGAAUGAACAGGAACUGCUUAAGCCAGCAUUGCCACAGGAAGUAUCUGCUGAUUUACAAUAUCAUGUGAGCUAAAGCCAAGUAAAGGCUACUUAUACAAAGGGCGGAAAUUAGAAAUGAGUCACUGAGGCCAUAAAAGCAGAGAAUAAAUCUUUUCAUCAUGAAACUGAAGGAAUGGUUACCAUCACAACUGAAAACAUUAUGCAACUUUACAAUGCUACUGUCACACAGGAGUUUACCAUCAGUCCUGCAGGUUUCCACAAUAAUUCAAGUGUGAAUCAGACGAAUGGAUUCAAAUGUAUUAAUCCAGAUACAGUGAAAUGGCUAGAGACUUUUCAGCCUGGAUUCCUUUGGAUUAUAUUUAUCUUGGGAACAAUAGAAAAUGCCUUUGUUCUUAUCGUCCUUUGCUUCCACAAGAGUCGCUGCUCUGUGGCUGAAAUUUACCUAGCAAACAUGGCAUUUGCUGAUCUAAUGUUUGUUAGUUCUUUACCCUUCUGGGCCAUUAAUAUUUCGAAUGGUUUUGAGUGGCCUUUUGGCCUCUUCCUCUGUAAAGCUGUCAACACAACCAGCUACAUGAACUUUUAUUCCAGCAUUUAUUUUCUGACAUUAGUGAGCAUUGACCGCUAUCUCGCCUUGGUAAAAACCAUGUCUCUGGGACGGAUGCGGCGAACAACCUGUGCCAAGUGGAACAGCUUUAUAAUCUGGAUGUGUGCAUUGUUCAUAUGCUUACCUACAAUGAUAUUCCGAAACUUGCAGUAUUUCAAAGAGUUCAACAUCACAGCCUGCUCUCUUGAUUAUCCAACCCCCUACUGGCACCCUGCAAACAAUUGCCUGCUGAAUACUGUGGGCUUCUUGAUCCCACUCUGUGUAAUCACCUACUGCACCACUCAGAUCAUCAAGGCCUUACGAAGUAAUAAUUUACAAAAACUGAAGUUAAUCCAGACAGAGAGGAAAGCCACCUUGCUGGUCCUUGCUGUGCUCUUGUUGUUUGUCAUUUGCUGGCUUCCAUUCCAGAUCAGCACUCUCAUUGACACAAUCUGCUACAUAGCACAGAAUUUAGAAUGCCUUGAAGAAAUCAAUGACAUUGUGACCCAGAUAGCAAUCUACUGUGCCUUUAGCAACAGUUGCUUGAACCCAGUCCUGUACGUUAUCGUUGGGAAGCACUUCCAAAAGAAAGCAGUGGAAUUCUACAAGGAAUUGAUCCCAGAAAGGUGCAGAAAAUCACAGUCUGUGAAGACAGAAAACUCCCUGGACACUUUAAGAACUUCCAUUUCAAGUGAAUAUCUAAGGAAAAAGUCUGUUUUGCCAUUAUCACAAUAGCAAAAUUUGUUCAUAAUGGAAAAAAUAAGUAAACAACACUUUUAACAUAUCAGUCUCCACUAAUAUUCAUCUGCUUUGGGCCAGCAGAAUGAACACAUAGCAACAUUCAUCAUUUGAGGGAAAGGUUUGAUCUUAAAGCAAACUCAAUACAGUGAAUUGUUUCUAAUACUACUGGUCAUUCUUUUGGUAGAAUCAUUCUUUGUAGCAUAUUUACAUUUUCAUGGCUGAAUUAUAGUUUUUUGCAUGUAUCAUUUGAAAUGAUUGUAUUUCUGUGGAGUAUAAGUGUCAGAAUGCACGUACAGUUCUCUGAAUAGAGUCCCAGUCUAGAAGCUAUUGUAAGGGUCAUGCAUCUACUUAUGGUACCUAUACCCUUGGAUAGAGUGCAUUUUUUUGAUAGGAGGGAGGCAUAUUUCUUUAAGUUUAAAUGAAUCUAGCAGGAUUAUUAUUGAAAUGGAUUUGCAAAUAUGGUCAUCUUCUGAGCUUUUCUUUUCUCUGUGCCAAAGUAAUUUUAUUCACUUGAUUAACAAGCUGGGCCUUCUUGCAAAUGCUCUGACCGCUAGGAUCAGAUUUAUAUCUGCCUGUAUGUAUGGAACAUGGUUCAGAAAAGGCAGUGCAGUAAAAAAAGGAAGGCUGCAGCCAGCUUCACAAAGGCAGUGGAGCUUUCUUUAUAGCAGGAGGCUUUUUACUCCUGCAGUGGGGUAAAGCAUUCACUAUAGAGAGCUCCUUUGGAGUUAAUGUUAUUUACAUUCAUACCUGUCCUUCAGCUCAGAAACUUGUUUUUGAAUAUUCACAAAUCAUAAUUAAUAUUUGCAAUAUUAUUUCAUGGAAGGAUAAAUGCUCAGCACAACAGGCUGAAGAAGAAAUAAAAUAUAGUGGAGAGCAUCACCUCAUUGCCUUUGAAAGAUGACUGAAGAUUACAGGGGUCUUUAAUGCUAGGAAUACUCAAAAUAUGGCAUUUUCAGACUCUAAUACUACCCAAAUUUUAUUUAUAGAGUUAGUCUGAUUAAGAUACGAGAUAAAAAUUCAUAAAUUAGACUGAAUUUAAAAAUGAAAGAAUUUUACAUAGAAGAAGCUCAGUGUUCUUAAUAGCCAGUGAGCACUUUUACUUCUAAGAACCUAUAUCUAAAACCAAGCUGGAGAUGAUCUAAAAGCUUCUGAAAUUAACAGAACCUUCCUGUUCCUUUCAAAGCACUUAAAAUUCCUAAGAAAUAGAGUUUUGAGACAUCAGUAAACUAAAAAUGCUAACGCGUGACCUCUAUUCAUGAGAGCUAGAAUGGAAUAAUAAAGUUCAAUUCAAGCCAGGAAAUCUGUAUUGAACCUUCAAGUAAUUAAACUAUAGAAAUUCUCCUGAAGUUUGUGAACAUGCUAUAAAAACUACAGGAUUUAAAUGGCUGCGGAUAAUUUAUAAACAAUUUGUAUUGGUUUCAUUUAAACACGCAUUGUAAUUCUAUGUCAUAAAUAUUUCUACUGUUUGUUCUAGAUAUUGUCCUAGAUAUCUGUGAUGAAACACUGCAAGUCUCUGUUUUCUCCAGUGUUACCAAUAUUGUCUUGUUCACGAGCAUGUUGUUCAUAUAACCCUUAAAUGAAACCAUAGAGAGGUUAUGGGGAAAAUGGAAAAGAAUUUUGAGUAUUUGGUACUGACAAGUAAAAUAUGAAAAUGUUAUGACAUGUAAAGAAUAUGACAUUAAUUUAAACUAUGUAAAUAAAUAGAUGUGUUAUUUUGCUAUUCAGUAAAUAUACACAACAGAAAAUAAACUACCUUAAGAUAUGA